AUGAAUUUUAAUGAAAAACAAUAAAAAUGGAAACUUUAUAACCCUUACUUAUAUGAUUAUAUUUUAGAUAAUAAUUUAGAUUGGCCAUGUACAACAUGUUAAUGGGGUCCAGUUAUUUAACAAAAUUCCUAAUACAUUAAAUAAAAUAUUUUUUUUGCUUGCAGAACUGAUGGAACAUAUAUUGAAUAAGAAAAUUCAUGGUAAAAAUAACCAAGUUAAUUAAUUGUAGCACAAAUAGAUAUACCUUAACAUGGAAAAUGCUUCAAUUAAGAAUUAAGAAAUGUUUAUUUGUAAGAAAAUCUAAAAAAGCAUACAAAUUUAAAAAUAAAGCAAAUAAUAAUACAUCCUGGAGACGCAAAUAUAAUGAAAAAAUGUUUAUUAAAUAAUAAAAUUAUUGCUACCAAAAAUGAUUCAGGUUUUAUUUUUAUUUGGGAUUUAGAUAAACAUAAAAACCAACCUUAAUUUAAUAAUACUAAAUAUGCUAAUAUUCCAGAAAUAAAAUUAAUAGGCCAUAGUACAAAAUCCCCUUCAUUUGCCUUAAGUUGGGCAAAAAAUAGUUAUAGAAUUGCAAGUGGAGGAAAAGAUUUAGCAAUAUUAAUUUGGGAUAUAGAAAAUUAUUAGACAAGACUUUCAAAUAAUUAUUUAUUAAAUAAAAGAGAACUUAAUCAUAUAGGAAAUCAAAAUGAAUAAUUUAAAUUAAAAAAUAAUAUAACUUUAUUAGGACAUACUGAAAUGAUUGAAGAUAUUUCAUUUUCACCAAAUAAAAAAGAUGUACUUGUAAGUGUUGGAGAUGAUAAAAAAUUACUUUUAUGGGAUUUAAGAGUAUCACAUGAAAAAUAAUAAGAGGUGAAUGAUUUACAUAAUGAUGAUAUUAAUUGUGUCGAUUGGAGUAUACCUAAUGAGUUUUAUAUUGCUACUGGUUCUUCAGACGGAACUGCUUGUGUAAUGGAUAUUAGAAAUUAUAAAAAAAUUGUUACUAUAAAAACUAAUAAUGAAUAAAUUUUAAAUGAAGAAUUGUCUUAAUAUUCUGUAAUGAGCAUUAAAUUUGCUCCAUUUAAAGGAAAUUAUUUAAGUAUUGGUUCAGAUAAUCUUUAUAUAUAUGAUUUGAAUAAUUUACAAAUUGAUUAUGAAUAAAAUUUAUAUAAACCAUUAUUAACUCAUUUUGGAUAAAAAGGAGUUAUUAAUGAUUUAGAUUGGAAUACGGAAAGUGAUUGGAGUAUUAUGAGUACUUGUCAAGAAUUCGAUCACGAUAAUUCUGGAGGAGGUUCUUUGUAAAUAUUUAGGCCUCUUGAUUUAAUUUAUUUACCUGAAGAUGAGGCUGCUAAAAACUUGAAUAUUUUUUAGAUGAUGAUUUUGUUAAAAAAUAAAAAGAAUAGGAUUAAGAAUGAUGUUUUGUAAGUCAUAAUUUUUUUAAGAGAUUUAAGUUUAUUUUGA